AUGAGUAGCCCGAACGAGUUCGAGGAGGUCGCCGUUGGUAACCAGGACGAGGUUUUUGACGAGAUUCAAGAGGAACAAAUCCUCGCAGAGCUCGAAUCUUCACAAAACGAUCAUAAAACCACACAUUCCUCAAACACAAUUCAUAACGACACAGCAGAAACGAGUGAUGCUGAUGCAAUGGAUGCCAAUACUAUAGAGAAUAGUAUUGAACAUGAAAUGGAUAACGGAAUGGAUUCUAUAGAACCAGUUAAUAGUAGUGAACCAGUAGACUACGAACAAAUUGAAUGCGAUAAACAAGGAGAGUGUGAGUUAGGAGAUUUGCCGUGCUCCCCAGCUCCACCAGUCGAGAUAAAGUUAUUCGUUGCACGAAUCCCCAAGACACACGAGGAGUCAGAUCUGCGCCGUCUGUUCGAGGAGUUCGGAGUAGUUAAAGACGUUAUAGUUAUAAGGGAUAAGACAUCAAACGCCCACAAGAACUGCGCGUUUGUGAAAAUGGCGUCCAUUUGCCAGGCAGACGCAGCAGUAAGACGUUUGAACAACCAGCGAGUCAUUGACUCGUCACUCGGAGCAGUUCAAAUCCGUUACGCAACGGGCGAAGUCGAGCGUUUAGGCUUCACCCAAAUGGCCGGUGAACCAGGAGUUGAUGAGGCUAAGCUUUUUGUAGGUUCGCUUCCCAAAUCACUGACGGAAGAAGAUUUGUCCUCUUUAUUCAAGGAGUUUGGAGAGGCCAUGGAGGUGUUUGUGCUUAAAGAUUUAGCGUGUGGUGGGAAUAAAGGCUGCGGCUUUGUGAAGAUGAAGUACAAGGAGCAAGCCCUACACGCCAUAAAGGAACUAAAUGGUAAGAAAAUGCUAGAGGGUUCUGUACGUCCACUUGAGGUCCGCUUUGCGAUGAACAAAACUGGACUCAGCGGCCAGGAUUUCGAGUCUCGCAAGAAACGAAAUCGCCCUUCAGGCAUGAACCACCCUCCACCCUCAAAUCCGCCAUCAAACUCACCAGGACAAAAGCAUGUCCGAAAAGACAAAAAUUUUGGAUAUGUCAACUAUAAUAACGGAAACCCUCGUAUGGCGGGUCCAUGGAAGGAAUAUAUCUCGCCUGAUGGCAGAUUUUACUACUACAAUAUUGAUAACGGAACCACACAGUGGGAAGUGCCGAAAGAAUUCCUUAACCUCAAUUCUAACUACAGCAGUUCCAAUUACCACAACAAUAACAAUAAUUAUCACAAUAACAACUACAAUAAUUACAGUAACAGUGGUGGCAAUAACUAUAAUAAUAGUGUUGGAGGCGAUAGCUCGUUGUUUAUAUUUCAUAUACCACCUCAAUGGAACAACAAUGAUUUGUUUCGAACUUUCAGCCCCUUUGGUCGUGUAGUCCAGGCUCGGAUCGCUGUAGACCGGAGUACGAAUCGCAGCAAGGGCUACGCCUUCGUCUCCUACGACAAUCCUGAAAGUGCUACUCAGGCCGUGGCGAACAUGAACGGCUUCACCAUCAUGGGCAAGAAACUGCGUGUCAACUACAAGACUACGAACAACCGUUCGAAUCCUUACUAG